AGACAGGGGAGGAGCCUGCCAAAGUUUGGGGCCGAGCCCACCUUUCUCUGCCGGCCGAGCCCGACGUCAGGGGCCGCUGUGCAGCGCUGCGCGGCGGCUCCGCACGCGGCCGCCACACAAAGGCAGCGGCGCCGCUCCGCGCCCCUCCGCGCCCCAGGCAGGAUGCAGCCCCGGGGCCUCCUCCUCCUCCUGGCGCUGCUGCUGCUGGCUAUCACCACCGAGGCUGGCAAAGCCAAGAAAGACAAAGUGAAGAAGGACGGCUCCGAGUGCCAGGACUGGCGCUGGGGGCCCUGUGUCCCCAACAGCAAGGACUGCGGCUUGGGCUACCGCGAGGGGACCUGCGGGGACGAGAGCAAGAAGCUCAAGUGCAAGAUCCCCUGCAACUGGAAGAAGAAGUUCGGAGCUGACUGCAAGUACAAGUUUGAGAGCUGGGGAGGGUGCAGCGCGCAGACGGGCGUGAAAACUCGCUCGGGCAUCCUGAAGAAAGCCCUGUACAAUGCCCAGUGUGAGGAGAUCGUCUACGUGAGCAAGCCCUGUGCAUCCAAGAUGAAGUCCAAGUCCAAAGCAAAGAAGGGCAAGGGGAAGGACUAGAGCAGGACGCCGGUGUCCUCAUCGGCCCCUGGACACGUGCACCUCUCCCCGCUGCAGCGAGCCAUGCUCCAGCCUUCCUCCUCCUCCUCCUUCUCCUCCUUCUCCUCCUCCUCCUCCUCCUUCCUCUCCCCACCACCUCCCCUUUCACAGAGAUGCCUUGUUUAAUCACUACUCUUGUCGAGAGCAGGUGCACCCACCUCGGGAAGGUGCCACCAGCCUGGCAGCCACCACGUCCCCUCUGCCCGUCACCUCGGCUUGCACCGUGCCAGCAUCAGCACUGGCGCCUGGUGGGCACUCUCAUGUCUUUUGGAAAAUGGGGUUUGGUUUCUUUUCCAAUAAAAAAUCUUUUUAAAAAAAUAAA